AUGCGAUUCACCUCGAUCCUCGCAGCAGCAGCUGCCAUCGGUGCUGCCGUGCUCGCCCCAGCCAGCGCUUCCCCCACUACAAUGAGCACUAUUCCUGACACCAUCUCGGAAAACGUUCGACGCGAGCUGGCUGGAAUGAAGUCAUCCGACUACACGCUUUAUGCACGCAAUGCUGGACCUACCAACAAGCUCAGCAAGCGAGCCGCACAACUCAACGGUAUCCAGACCACGUGCACUCGAAACAACUGUCUGUCCAUCACAUUUGAUGAUGGUCCUUACACCUGGGAGAGCAAGCUUGUCAACACGCUCGCCAAUGCCGGCGACCAAAAAGCUACCUUCUUUGUCAAUGGUAACAACUUCCGCUGCAUCUACGAGCCAGAACAGGUCAGGAUUCUGCGAAACACGUACGAGCGCGGUCACCAGAUCUGCUCGCAUACUUGGGGCCACCCAGACAUCAGCAAGCUCAACAACCACCAACUCGAUCAGCAGGUCCAGCUGGUGGAGGAUGCGCUGUGGAAGAUUCUCGGUGUAGUUCCUGCUUGCUUCCGUGCUCCCUACGGCAACAUUCGCCCCGAUCAGGUAAAGUACCUCAACGACCGAUGGGGUCUUGUCGUCGUCGGCUGGAACCGUGACACUGGUGAUGCCAACGGCGACGGUGUGCAAGCUGGUCUGAACGUGUACAGGAACCUGCGUGCACCCACCAAGGCCAUCGUACUCAACCACGAGACCGUCCAAGCUACCGUCGAUACCGUCAUCCCUCAAGCGGUCAACAUUGUUCGACAAAACGGCUACAGCGGAUCCCGCACUGUUCACCACAAUCUCAACUUCAACCCCUACAAAGUCGUUGGCCGAUACCAGAACCGCGAUUCCACCUGGACCUGCAGCAACAAGCCGGCUCCUGGAGCGGCUAACUGA